UGUCAUUCCCUCGCUUGGUAGCGAGAAGAGUGUACGUAGGUAGUGUGCAGCACUUCAGGUUGUCGAAAUGACGGUUUGUUUCGCUAAUCAUUCUCCCUUUAAUUCGCCGUUUUGACACAUAUCCAACAGUAAGACUGAUUUAUCCGGAACACAACGGUCCUUUUUAAUUUCUGCACAAUGUGAAUGUAAACGAAAGAUAUAGGCCAUAGAGUUUGGAAAAUAUUACCCGAGUCGGGCCAAGUGUAUUUUGAGAGUGCCGACUUAUAAAAAAAAAAAAAAAAAUCGUGAUCAGUGUUAUUAAAGGAGUCCGGGGAGGUUAGACCUCAGACCUUGAAAAUAAAUGUUUUUAGUUUAACGACCUGGGUUGAAAAUAUUCACAACCCCCAAGAUUUCCAGGUCGGGAUGUGCUAUAAGGGGAACAGUUUUCAAGUGGUGUAAAAAGGCGUUGAGAUUAUAGAUAGGUGACCUGGAGGAAAAUGACGGAAGCAGCAUCAAAAGUGUAUCAAUCACUCCCAUUAUAUUAGUGAAAACAGCUAUUCCCAGGGUCAGUUGUUGAAGAAAAGCAAUACGGCUAAGUCGAUGAAAAGAGAACAGCCAGAAGGCUGUCGGUUUUGAAGUGUGGUCUUUCGUAUUUCCCAGGUGAUUAGCCUAGUGCGAAAUUGAUAAGCAUACGACAGUUGUAAGAUAUCCCACGCCAUCGUUCCACCGCCCACCAGCCAAGGAAUGGCUGCUCCUUAGUCGCGGUGUUACAAGGGGAAGAGGAGGAGUGCCAAAAGUCCCGUGUGUUUGGGUGCCAGGGAUGGUGCCACUGCUGAUUGACACCCACAUCUUGACCUAGGAUUGACAGCUGCUCAGUGUGGACCAAUGAGCGUGAAGGAUGUGGCGGUGUGGGCGUGGUAUCGUGUGGGCGGUCAGCGUGAUCGUCCUGGUGUGUUGUGUCAGCCACCUGGUGGAGGGUGGCGCAGGAUUACAGGACAUGGAUAGCGUUGAGAAACGGGAGAAGGUGCUCCAGGAGGCGUCGGAGCUCUCGACGGGAAAUCUCGGGACGGCGUGUGUCUCUGGACCUGGCUACAGAUUGGCAAAGGCCCCCCUCAGAUUUCCACGCUUUGACACUGCCCGACAAAAGGUUGACCUCCUAGCCCGGAUCCUGAAAGAUAGCCGCACAUUCAGAGACACAAAACUGUUGGAGACGAUGGUGAGUAACCUACUGCUGUCUGACGAAGAGAUCGAGGCUGCACGAGUCCUGGUGAAGAACGACGCCACCCGGUUGCCUGAGUCCCUCACUCAAGCCCAUGCAAAUCGCUCUCAGUUCCCGCCCACGCAAGACCCGCCGAAGGCCACCACGGACACUCAGCUUCAAACUGCCAUCGUGAUGGAAAAACCUUGGUACGAAGACGCCUACAACGAGACCUGGGCAGCCCAGAACGCCACAAAAUUCCAGAAGAACUUGAAGCCCCCGUUCUUCAUGGGGUGGUGGACCUUUCCAUACUUUGACUGCGGAUCUAGAAGAUGGCUGCUGAGUUACACGGUGCCUCUCUCGCUCGAUGUGCCACCGGAAGGCCCUAGAUCUUCUCCUCAGUCUUCAGGGAGGAACACUAGGACGUCUCCCCAAAUCAAAGACAUGGGCAUGCUCAGUGUUGAUGUUGACGUGACGCCAUUAGAUAUCAACCAAUGUGACCUGGAGGAUGAUCCACCUGACUCCCAGCUCUCCUACUUUCUUGGAACACACAAGUGUGAUAGAAAUUCGUCGGUGUGCGCAUUUUCACCCGGACAUGGAUGGACGAGAGGCGGCUACAAGUGUCAGUGCAAAGAAAAUUUCUUCGCCAGGAACAAAACCUUCAAUGGAACUCUCGUCGAAGUGGCCUGGCAGAGCAAGAUGGAGUCCAAGGAUCCGACUUACGAUUUACUGUACGUCUGUCGUCCGUGCCGCCCCGAGUGUCCCGGAUGCCACAACGACCAGCCGUGCAAGGCCCAUUACAACUGGCCUUUCAGGAUUGCGUUAUUGACCAUCUCCAUCUUGUGCAUCUUGUUCACUAUCGUCCUGAUGGGGAUGGUGUAUCACUACCGGAGCGUGAAGGUCUUCCGGCUGGCGUCGCCCACUUUCCUCUGCUUAUGCCUCAUCGGAUGUGCCAUUAUGUACUUCGAGAUGGCAGCCAUCUUUCCUGUCCUGGACAUGUAUUCGUGCGUUGCGACAAAGUGGACUCGCCAUUUGGGUUUCUGCAUCACUUUCUCAUCGCUGCUGAUGAAGACGUGGAGAGUAUCUUUAACAUACCGGGUGAAAUCAGCGCAUAAGAUCAAGUUAACCGACAAGCAGCUGCUGCAGUGGCUGACGCCAGUCUUGCUGAUUAUGCUGAUCUAUCUGGGAUGCUGGACGAUCAGUGCUACUCCACGGGCUGAGGACAUCCAAGACUAUAAUGGUCUCUGGUUUAAGCAGUGCCAGUACAACUGGUGGGAUCACUCGCUGGCCGUGGGUGACAUGCUGUUCCUAAUGUGGGGAGUCAAGGUGUGCUUCAGCGUGCGCAAAGCAGAGAGCUUUUUCGAUGAGGCCACCUACAUCUCGUGGGCUGUGUAUAACAUCGCUGUGGUCAACAUUGUCAUGGUUUCAUUCCACUUGCUGAUAUUCCCCAACGCCGGGCCAGAUAUCAAAUACCUGCUAGGAUUCCUCAGGACUCAGUUCAGUACUUCAGUCACCAUCUUGCUCAUCUUUGGACCAAAGUUUUAUCGCAUCAUCAAAGGAACCGGUGAUCAGUACGACAAUCGGGCUCGCGCCAAAGGAGUCACUGCCAGUUUCUCUCUCAAUGGCCUCGGUGUGAUGAACGACGAGCCAGCAGAUCUCUACCAGGAAAAUGAGGAACUGAAGGAGGAGAUCCAGAAACUGGCUGCCCAGAUGGAGUUCAUGAAGAUUGUCCACAUGGAAAUGAACAAUCGCCACCUGAAGCCGAAACCGGGCGGGUACUUCAGCGAGAAGAACUCGGUGAUGAGCAGCGCCCAGUCCCCCGGGGGCAAGACCAACCCCAACCACCCAGCCUCUGCCGCCUCCAAAAUGGAUUGCAGCGGGGGCGGCAACGAGAACUCCUCGGUGAGGCUCUCCCCGGCGGCGGAGCUGGCUUCGGAGAGGGUAUGACUAGUUGCUCAGAGUGAGGAGGUAUGGUUGUGAAGACGAGUGAAAGAUGCCCCCUCUCUUUUAUAUUUGAGCGAUGUCAAUAAAUAUUUGGUGGAAAGAUGCACAAGUGCUGUUUUUAAGUGGAUUUAUCUUUAAAUGGAGUGAUUUAAAAAUGGUGAAGUCCAUAAGCAAUUUUGAAAGAAUAAGUGAUGAUAAUGCCACUGUGUUCGUUCAACAAAGUGGAGGUUUGCGUAGAUAACUUGUGAAAUGGAACGGGUAUUUUGGAUGAGUUCAAGCGAAUGGACUUGUCUUGGUUAUAUUCAUCAGUAUUCGAGUGGAAUGAAUUAAUACAGAAAUGUUGUAAUUGUUGGUAAAUGUGGGUAUCGAUACCUGAGAAUUAAACCAUAUAUUAAUUGUUUAUGAAUUUAGUAUAAAGUAGUCAUUAGGGAAUUACCUGUAGCUUGAAGAGUUUGGAUUGAGUGCUUUCAAGAUCUUGGUCUGCUGCAAUCUUACACCAAAAUACAAAGAUUAUAAAAACUAAAUGUUUUAACUUUUACUAUUUAAUGUAGCCGAUGCAGUUUUAUUUCCAUAGGCAGGAGAAGGGAAACAGAAUUAUGAAAGUUAUACAGAUUUCGAGAAAGAAUUUGUAUGAAGUCGAUAGGCAGAAUAUGAUAGUUUUUGUUAUAAUUUUUUUUUUAUAAAAAGGGAAUUUAAGGAUAUUUACAGUUCAACAUAUUUGUGCUUAGAUUUGGAUUUUUAGUAGAACUGAAAAUAGAGGGGUACUAUUCUAAGUGCUUUUUACAAAAGCUGUACAAGUCCUGUACUGGUACUUAUUAUCAAAAUUUCGACAAUGGCCUUAAAAGAAAUUCUUGAAUUUGUACAUACGAUGCAUUUCCUAUAGAUUUCUAAGUUUUGUGGUCAUCUCUGAAAAGAAUUUUUGAUUUGUGGUCUUGAAACUUUGCAAAUUAUAAAUUACUACCUAUUUAAAACCAAACAUUGCCUUGCUGAUGAUUUGCUUGUUUUGUCGUGAAAAAUCAACUUUAUUUUGGGACUUUUGUUAGUGGCUUAUUUAUUAGGCAAAUCAUUCCAAGACAGUAUUAACUAUUUCAGUAUUCCUAAAUGAGUUUUUGUGAAACGGAGGGAGUAGAUUAAUAAGUGCUUUAGAGCACCGUGACGCUUACUUGUGUACAGAUCGUGACGAUGUAUUAUUGUUGCCUGGAAAAGAAAAAUGGCUCUAAUAUUUUGAUGAUUUGUACAACCACUGAACGUUAGAUUAUCCCAUUGCUUCUUCACGUAAAUGAGUGAAAUUGCAUUUGAAAGUAGUUUUAAGUGAGAGUUAGUCAUUUCAAGUGAACUUCAGUAUAAUAAUCUUACGUUGAAUACCGAAAUUUCUGUAUUGUAUGUUUAUAUAAAUGUCUCCUUUGAGUUACUGAGUGAAGUGUGUCGAGUAGAACUUGUAGAGAUACUUUUUAUUUGUUCAGUUUGCCUUCUUUUCCAUUGAACUAAAUAGCAGUGAUGCGGUCUCUUGGAUGGCGCUUUUGAUGUCAAUGAGGUUGGAAAUAGGAAUAUGUUUCAGAAUAUAGUACAAUUACCAUAGUGAGAAAUGUUUUAUUGUGGAAAAUUUAUGAUGUCUUUUAUAAAGAAUAUAGCAAAUACGAAUGGUCUUGAGAGAACUUGUUGGCUUGCUCGUGGUGAUUUUACCUACCAGUAUCGUAUGUAAACAGCUUUGGAAAAUAUUUGCUUCGUCGAUCAUAUAGAAAGAGCGUUGCUCAUGUGCUGACAUUUUCGCGAUUGCAAACUCAGAGAGGGAUCGCGGUGUUUCACUUGUUAGUCUUUGGACUAUGAAUCUCACAUCAAGGUUUAAUUUUAAACGAAGGUUCGUUCCCUUUCUUAGGUAUUGUGGUACAUUCCACUCUAGUCUGUGUCGCAGCUUUUAUGUUCUGCUCCCAGUCUGAGAGAAAUUUCGCACUAAAUGAUAGGUACCGAAUCUCAUGGAAUGAAUCGUAGUGGGUAUUUUAUUUAUAAACAAAACUCGCCGCGAAUAAAUUAGGAAAAUAUAUUAGUGUUAUUAUUGUGUUAACUAUUUUCGUUCACUUUUUGAGGAGAGAUAAGCCAUAAUCAGAAAUGUCCAGUACAAAAUGUACUUCGUACCUUUAAAAUGGUACAAAGCAACAUAGUUUUUCUAUUUUCAGUUUCUAGUUUUCAGCAUACUAGCCUCAGUCUCAAUAAUUUCAUUAUUAACCAUUUAUCAGUAUUUUUUUCGACGUGCUACGCAUGGAUGAAUUCUUUUGAAGUACAGGAUUUUUCAUCGAAAAAAAAGCUUCCAGAGUUAUGUUUACAAUUAGUUUUACAGCUACUGAAACCCUUGAUACAAAUUGAACUUCAUAUAUUUCAUGCAAUGUAACAGAAAAAUAAAACACAUUUGUGUUUACCAGUAGAUGAAAAAUCCCUGUUUUAGAAGGUGCUAUUUGUUGAUAAAAGGAGAGAGCUCCAUUUUGAUUGCGUAAGAGUUCAAAGAAGAAACUGACUGCUAGUCCCAACUAGGCAUCAUCAUGCAGUGCUUCGACAACGCAGAGCCAGGAUUUCCUUGAGAAUUGUCGACGUCAUCACUACAGAAUGAAAAAAAGAAGCGUUUUCACUUUUUGUUGAGACCAACUCUGUGUCGAGACUAUUAAUCAUUGCGAGCUUAUUAAUAAUGUAUAUCUGUACGUGUCUGUCUGCUUUCGUUUAUGUGUGUGCUUGUGCAUAACUCAGUACUUUCAUUAGAGCCCCAUUUCAGUUUGUUAGUGUCCAUUUGUAGAGGCAUUGAUUUGAUUCGUUGGCUCGUUUGGCUGAAACUUUAGAUGGAAUUCAAUCCAUCUUGCUUUAUUGGUUUAAUGCAUUUACCAAAUUGGAAGUGAUUUGGUUUAAUGUACAAUUUAAGUGUGGUUAUUGUCAGAGAAACUGGAAUGGUGAUUCAUAAAACAAACAAGUAUAGAUGCUUGUUAGAGAAAUUUGACAAGAAAAUAUUUUUUUAGCGUACUACACUAUUUUGUCUUUCUAUGAAAAGUUGCCACCUACUUCUGAUCAAUUCAGGACGUUUUGCAGGCUUCAAAGCCUCAUGGUCAACUGUUGCCCAAACUCCUUGAAAUUAAAUAUUUUUUCAUCCAUCUUCAUUAAUAUUGCAUUGCUUCCAGAGGAGAGAAAAUAGAAUACCUUUGUAAAUGUAUUUCAAGAUCAAAAUGCAGUAGCUGGUUGUUCAUAGUGCAGCAAUGAUUCAUUAUAUAGGAGCUACUAAUAGGCUCUGUAGGGAUACUUUCGUUUAACUUGUAAUGAAGUGCAUCACAUUGCUUUUUGGUCCAGUAACCACCAGCUUCUAAUGAUUUGGUCUUCAAAUAUGUACUACCUGUAUCAGCACAUCUGGUAAUGGCUGAUGAGAAACGGAAAGAUCUUGCACAACAGACUCGAGCUGGAAAAACUUAUUUUUGAAUUGUUUGAAGGGACCAAGUCAAGCAGGAUAUAAAGUAUGUAGGAAAGUAUUUUAGUAACUCGAGAUAGAUAAACUGGCGCUGCAGAGCAAAAGCUGGUUUUUAGAUACGUAGUCGAUACGGCAUGCAAGUUUCACGCAGAAGUUGGAAGAUGAGUAAUAAGACUUAACACUUAAGCUUUUCUAUUGUAAGAAGUUAAACCAUGUAAUGCACGGAAAUUCGAAAUUGUCGUAAGCCUAACAUGUGAAAUAUUUUGUUUUCAUUUUCUGAAGAAGUGAGGAGUAACUGCCCUUCGGAAAUCGCAACCAACUGCAAUUUACUCCUGAGCCCCAAUUGAUUUCCUUUUCCGAUAAAUGUCGUAGUUGGGCGUUGUAUUUUCUGGGUCUAGUUUCUCCGUUUUCUCUGAUGAAAAUCACGUGUAGAAAACAGAUCUUCUUCAGGGACUGAUCUAAAAGACAUUGCGGCGUGACCAACAUGAAGGUCAUGUUGUGAUAAGCUAUGUUUUUGUCAAAAUGUCUAUACCAUCAGUGUUCACUGUCAACAUAACUAUUAUUUAUCUUAUUCAAUGAAUGAAGGCUUACAUUUAAGGAUUAUAGUCAAACUCGUUCAGCCUCUUGUUAUGAUGCAUGAUGACUUAGUGAAACUUCUAUAACUUGUAUGUUGUCUGGUUUAACCCAUUAGGUCAUAAGAAUAAUCAGAUUAAUAUUGAAUGGACUCCAUAUGUUUAGAAGUACCAAAUAAAGAGGUCUACUAUA